CCUAAUCAAAGCAUCUACAUCCAAAAUCUACCGGAAAAGCUGCAGAAGGAGGAUCUCCGUCGGGAACUGUAUAUGCUAUUCUCAACCUAUGGCCCGGUUCUUGAUGUCAUUGCGCUCAAGACCGCGAAGAUGCGAGGGCAAGCGCACGUCACAAUGAGGGAUGUGCAGUCUGCGACCCAAGCCAUUCGAGCAUGUCAAGGCUUUGAGUUAUGCGGUCGCGAAAUGCGGCUCUCAUAUUCCAAGAACCGCUCCGACGCAAUAGCCAAACUCACGGGCACCUUCAACCCACCU